CCAAACGGAUUCUAAGGUAAAAGAGGAAAAGGCAAAGCCUCUCCACUCUCCACUGCUCUCUGGUCUUCUUCCUCCUCCCCAUUUCUUCUUCCUUCUUCUUCUAUGGCUUCUCAUUUCUCUCCCAAACCCAGUUCUCUCUCAGUGCCACCACGCUCCCGUUAUCUUCUCUUUCGGCGAUUCCAACUCUGACACUGGCGGACUUGUCGGCGGGCUCAGCUUCCCAGUCAACUUCCCCAAUGGUUGUACCUUCUUCCGCAGAUCAACUGGUCGUCUUUCCGAUGGACGCCUCAUCAUCGAUAUUCUCUAGCAAGCUAGCGGUUAAGUCUAGGCUUCUGUCCACUAUCACUUGAAGAGUCUUUUUGCUGGUUCAGGAGCAUUCAAGAGUGUGCAAUACUGAUACCAACUUUCCUUCGCUUCCUCAGUAGCAAUUUUUUUGAGGUGAAAUGGGCAGCUUUACGGAGGCAAGCCCUACUGCAAGGAGUCCUUCCUUCUUCAAGGUCAUGAUGGGUGACUUCUCUAAAGAUUUGCGAAUUCCUCCAGCUUUUGUGAAGCAUUUUGAUGGAGUUCUACCUCACAAGUCUUUGAUAAUGAGGAAUCCUGGUAGCAAAGUAUGGUGCGUUUAUGUACAAAAGGUCGACCGAUGCUUCUUCUUCGAAAAGGGUUGGGGGAAAUUUGUGCAAGAUAAUUUCUUAGAACUAGGAGACUUUCUGGUUUUCCACUAUGUUGGGAAUUCAAAAUUUGAAGUAAUAAUUUAUGGAAAACAUUGCUGCGAGAAGGAGCUCUUGGCAGCUACCGCAAGCAAUGAUGAACCACAUUCGAAGGGAGAUGAAAGACAAGAAAAUGCAAAAAGAGAGAAUGGAGAAAGAGGUGAAAGUGGCACUGGUCCACCAUUGCCACUGGACAAAGAGAGACAGAGAAAUGCCUCCUGCAAAGGGAGGGGGAAAUCUGGAUCAUUUGGCAGGUUCAACAGUUCUAGAAAGGGAACAAUGGAUAAGAGACGCUCCGAGGGACCAGAUGAAUAUAAGAGUGGAGCUGAUCAAAUCCAAGCCAAGAGAAGUGGAGUAAUUCAUAUCAAGUCUGAUAGUUCUAGCUGUGAUGAAAUGGACAAUGACUCCGACAGUUCAAGUGGUGGUGAUGAAUUGAAGACCAAAGAAGAUCAACUUCAUCAAGGGAAUGAAAGAAAAUGUGAGCCUAGCAAGUUAAAGCAGCCCGUCGAAGAAACGAUUGCAGGUGUGCGGUUUAGUCAAGGGACGCCAUGCUUGGGCCGGUUGUCCAACAAGGUUAAAGCUAGAGCUCUAAAAGCUGCAAGCAAAUUCGUCUCCAAUUAUCCCUUUUUCAAAAUUGUUAUGCAGUCAACUUAUCUGCAUAGUGGAUAUCUGAGGAUACCAAAGCAAUUUUCCAGCACGCAUAUAAAAGGAAGUUCAAGAAAAGCAAUGCUUUGGGCAUCGGAUAGAUUUUGGCCUGUGAAGCUAUUGGUCUACCCACUCUGGUCUUCUGUGCUCACUACAGGUUGGGUGGACUUCGUGAAGGAAAAUGCUUUGCGAGAAGGAGAUGUCUGUGUCUUCGAAAUGUAUGGAAGUAAUGACGUUGUGCUGAAAGUUACCUUUUUCAGAUGCCUUGCCUAACAUCAAUGGUCUAUAUCUGCUAAGAAAAGUCAUUUUGUUUUUCAGACUGCUCAUUAACAUACAAUCCUGUUAUAUAUAUGUAAUUUAUAGUGCUAUCAUCAGAGAAAAUUGAUUGCUUUCAAGUUUCAACCGCCAAUUAGUCAUUUCCUAAUAGAUUGUGGGAGUCCAAUUGCCAACAGAUCGAUGGCGGCCA